AUGUCGCAAGCCGCGAAGAACCUGCUGGUAAAACUGGUAGUUGGAGCUGGUCAGGCCGCUCCUUCGCCUCCUGUGGGUCCCGCACUGGGCUCCAAAGGUAUCAAAGCUAUGGAUUUUUGUAAAGAGUUCAAUGCACGUACUGCCAACUACCAGCCUGGUACUCCAAUUCCCGUUAUGAUUACGAUUAAACCAGACAGAUCUUUUUCGUUUGAGAUGAAAUCACCUCCAACCGGUUAUCUUUUACUUAAGGCGCUGGGACUGCAGAAAGGUCAUGGAUCGCCUAAUGUAAACUCGAAAGAGAACACAAUCGGCGAGUUAUCGUUAAAACAUGUCUAUGAGAUUGCCAAGAUUAAGAAGACUGAUGGAAGACAUGCCAUGCUGGAGAUGGAAGGGAUUGUGAAAUCCACAGUAGGUGUAGCCAAGACUAUGGGUAUCAAGAUAGUGCCUUGA